UGGGCGGGGAGCGGCUGCUCGGUAUUGAUCCCCGGGGAGAUACCGUGGCCGGGCAGGAAGUGCUUCAGCCGUGCCCGGUGGCGCGGGGGAGAGGGAUGAGUAACUUGCCGCAGCCGUGAUUCCUUUCAGCGGUUCCCACGUGAGCGGCUCGGUGCUGAUUUUUCGUCAGAAAUCCCGGAGCCGAGCCCUUUGCAGAGAAAAUGGCAGUGAAUGUGUAUUCUACUUCAGUGACCAGCGAUAACUUGAGCCGACAUGACAUGCUGGCGUGGAUCAAUGAGUCUCUGCAGCUGACGCUGACCAAGAUUGAACAGCUGUGCUCAGGUGCUGCAUACUGUCAGUUCAUGGACAUGCUCUUCCCAGGUUCUGUAGCACUCAAGAAAGUGAAAUUUCAAGCAAAAUUGGAACAUGAGUACAUUCAAAACUUCAAAGUUCUACAAGCAGGUUUUAAACGAAUGGGUGUUGACAAAAUAAUUCCUGUGGACAAACUAGUGAAAGGAAAAUUUCAGGACAACUUUGAAUUUGUUCAGUGGUUCAAAAAAUUUUUUGAUGCAAACUAUGACGGGAAGGAAUAUGAUCCUGUUGCUGCUCGACAAGGCCAAGACACAAUAGCACCAAACCUUGUUACUCCAGUUGUGAACAAAACCAGGAAAUCUCUCGGUACUGGCAGUGCAGCCCCGCAGAGGCCCAUUGUUGCACAGAGGACCCCAGCAGGUCCCAAAGCUGGGCCUGGGAUGGGCAAAAAGGGUGGAGGAGACGAUGAAUCGGCGGGAUUGAUCGAGCAGAUCAACGCAUUGAAAAUGACUGUUGAAGAUCUGGAGAAGGAGAGAGACUUCUACUUUGGCAAAUUGAGGAACAUUGAAUUGAUCUGCCAGGAGAACGAAGGGGAGAAUGAUCCAGUGUUGCAGAGGAUUGUGGAAAUUCUUUAUGCCACAGAUGAAGGCUUUGUGAUACCUGACGAAGGAGCACCACAGGAGGAACAAGAAGAGUAUUAACAGACCACAUACUGUACCAGCAGAGCAGCAACAUCAGAAUUCUUUGCCCCAGAUCAUGUGCUUAACUGUAAAAUACUCCACUUUAUUCUUAGAGGACUCACUGGUUUCUUUUCAUAAGCAAAAAGUACCUCUUCUUAAAGUGCACUUUGCGGAAGUUUCACUUUUACAGUGGGUUUGAGUUAGGAGCUCUUUCUCACGCUGUAGCAGAGCAGUAUUCACAUCGAGGUGGUAUAUUUAGGGAGCAAGAGGCUGAAUAUUUGGAACUCGUUGCAGAAUGGUUUGCUGGUAAAACACUGGUUUGUGGGAAGACUCUUUUUGUAUCUAAGGCGGUGUGCAGUAGAGAAAUUAAAAGACUGACUCACUGAAAGAUUGAGUUAAUGUGAAAUUGCAGAACAGAAAUUAUAAUAAAUGCCUUAAGAGUAUUUAAAAUAUGCUUCCAUAUGCCAAAUUGAAGUAAUGUGAUGGGAGAUUUUAUGUGCUUCAUAUUGGGGUAGACGUUUGUUUAACUCCAUUCACUGCUGUCCGAGAGCCCUUGUGUGGCAGUCUCACUGUGUCAGCAAGUGCUCAAAAGGGGCUAUUAAAACAAAACUCCAUUCCUAUGUAAAGCUGCUUACUAAGUGAUUAGUUCUCGAUGAAAUGGGCCUUAACGUUGCCUGUCACAAGAUUAGAGGGAGUAUGAACAGCUGAGACACAUAAAUUACCUUGAAGAGUGCUGAAGCCUUUUUCUGUGGCAUUGUGGCUUUGCCAAAACGUACUGUGUUUUCUGUAAGAAAAGCAAAACAAAGCAAAGGGCACACAGUCUUACUGCCUAAAAUGUACUUCAGAAGUAAUUUUUCUUCCUGGCUCAUGUUUUUAUUUGUUCUGUUUAUUUUCAUUUCUGUUGGAAUCCCUUCUGUUCUCUCACUUCUCCCUCUCCCAUCCCAAGGAAUGGUGAACACGCCCAAUAGUUGUAACAGGACUUCUUGCACUGUGCAACUGGCUUUGAAUGAAAGUGAAUUGAGCACAUGAGGAUGAUAUUUUUCUGUCUGCUUUCUAUUUUUUUUUUUUCCCCUUUGAACCAGGGCAUAUUAGUAAUAACACUUGCCAGUUCAGUAGUCUUCUGGGGUAAAAACUAAAAGAUGCUGGCUAACAGAGCUAAUGUUAUUGCAGAAAAUACAGUACUGAGACUAACUUAAAUAUUAAUAUUUAAAAUACUUUCCUUAACUGUCCUUUUUUGCUAUCAUGCCCCUCAUUACUGUUGUGUUUGGCAAGAUCCUGCAAGACUUCUGACCCCCCUUCACUACUGAAAUUGAUCAGUCCUGUUGUGCUUGUAUUCAUUUGUUUCUGGUGGUAGCUUGUCCUAAAAUGUGUGUAGGAGAGCAUUUUAUGGUAAUUGUGUAGUGCAUGAAUCUUUGUGAAGUUCAGAGAAAAACCCAAAUUCAGUGAAUGCCAAAAAUGCAAGUUUCUAGCCAUUGUUUAAAAUUGCAGUGGUGCUAUUUCUCUUGUGGCCUUUUAGACUUUUGUUGCCCUAAAACUCCAUUUUACUGAGAAACCAUAUUUGACUUGGAUUUUUCUUGACAGGGUUUUUCUAUUUUAAGCAGUUUCUAAAUAAAGUUCUGUAUUUCAAGAGUG